UGCACAGAAGGACUCCUCUAAGAAAGAUGGAUGAGGAAUCUAGCUGGGAGGAUAGCAGCGUGAUACGUGUGAACGCAUCGAAGGCUAAAGUCUCCCCUGUAAACUUUUUGAUCCUCAUGCUUAACCUUGUGUUCCCAAUGGUGUGCUUUAUGUUGUACGCUAUUUAUCUUCAGACUUACUCUUUAUUAGGAUUCAUUGGAAUAACAAUAAUAUGAAGCGUAAUAUACCCACUGAUCAUGAUAAAGCUAUUUAGACAAAUGGAUGGGGUCUGGAGCAGGAUUAAAGGAGCUCCCUUGAUGGAAGGAAACCAAGGGAAAAUCAUGAGUUUCGCCUCAUUCUUUUUCUUCCUAAUCCUCACCCCAUUAUGGGCAAUUGUCCCUUCUCUUAGAGAAAUUAAGCCUGAAGGAGAUGCAUUGCAGAUAAAGGAGUUGACCAUCUUGAUAGUAAUCGAGAUAGCAAUAUUCUCUUUUUACUACAUGUUCAUCCUUCCAAUUAUAACUGUUUUCUACUGGAACUUAUAUUUGUACGAGUGCUUUGGAUACUCUAUCCGGCUUGGCAUCCUCAAAUGGCUCAUUUCAAUCUGAUACGGCUUCUGUGCCUACUUCUUCUUCGAAUAUUUAGACGGACCUGUUGCAGGCAUGAUCGCAGUUUGAUUUUUCACAAUCUACUGAAGAAUUUCCUUGUGGAUGAGGAAGAAAUUUGGCUACUUAUGAUCAAUCUUCUGUAAUAUUGGGCUUAAUAUUGGAUCAGUCAUUGCAAUAGUAAUCAAGCUGAAUUACUCUCUUAUUGGGCCUUAAUAGGGCCAGUUUUAAGUUCUCUCCAAGCAGAAAUGUAUAAUCUCAACG